CCCUCAUCCAAGUCUCGCGAUACAACGAGACCGGAAGAAGCCCGCAGAUUGCUGUGACUUGUGUUUCGAAUUUUAAACAAAUUGUUGGGGAAAUAACCAUUUUUGGCCGUUGACAGGCACGUGAGCUGCUGUCGUCAUCAGUAGAACGAGCAGGCGCCAUGGCGGCGGAUUCUCUUGUCAAGGUUAUAUUUGAACAUGAAGGAGUCUUCAUUCAUCCUAGCAGUGAUGAAGAUGGCAUCGAGCAGGAUUUACUCAUUUCAGGGUCACUUCGGAUUGUUGACAAGGAUGCUGAAAUCAUCGUGGAGUACAGACCUUUGGAAGAUACUGUCGACCCAUCAAACAUGCUGUGUGCUGGAAAGGACUCCAGUUCAGUCAUGGAGUGGGACCAGUGUUCAGGUGAGAGGUCCCAGCAGCUGCUAGAAACACAGCAGAGCUAUGAGACAGAGUGGGACAUGGUCAACGCUGUGUCCUUUAGGAGGAAAACCUGUACGAAUGGAGAGAAUUCUCUGAACCACAGCCAUGAGAGGAGCAGGUGGGCGUUGACCUUCAGUGUCAGUGAUCUCAGGUCCAUUACUGUGAAGGAAGAAGGUUGGACUUUUCUGGUCCUCAAGCUGAAGGAGUCGUCCACCUCCCUGCCUGCUCUGCACUUCCACCAGGGAGGCAGCAGAGAGUUCCUGGAUAGCCUGAGGAGAUUCGCUCUGCUUAGCGAAUCUCCAGAUGAUGAAACAUGUCUGCUGGUCAGCACACCAAACAAAGCUCUGUCUCAGUCCUUCGAGAACCUUCUGGAUGACAACAACUUUGGCCUCGUGAAUCAGAAGUUCAAAAAGGACCCGUACAUCACCACCCUGGGCGGCUUCUCCAAAGUCACCAACUAUAUAUUCGAUGCCUUCCGGGGGACGGAGGAGCAGCACCAGCGCCCCCCGGAGGAAGUGGCCGACCCGCUGGGUGAAGUCAUCCCAGGACUGGACAUCAACCAGCAGGAGGAGCCCGGCUUCGAGGUCAUCACCAGGAUCGACUUGGGAACGAGGCCGCAGGUGACGAGGAGGCAGCCGCUGUCGGCUGACGACUGGACCAAACAUCAGGAUCCAGAGGGGAGGAUGAUCGACGUCCCACAUCUCAAACGCGUCAUCUUCAAAGGGGGCCUCUGUCACGCCGUGAGGAAAGAAGCCUGGAAGUUUCUGUUGGGGUAUUUUCCCUGGGACAGCACGCUGGAGGAGAGGAAAGCCCUGCACAGAGCCAAAACCGAUGAAUACUUCAAGAUGAAGCUGCAGUGGAAGUCAGUCAGCGAGGAACAAGAGAAGAGAAACUCCAGACUGAGAGACUACAGGAGUCUGAUCGAGAAAGACGUAAACCGAACAGACAGGACAAACAGGUUCUACGAAGGCAUCGACAACCCGGGUCUGGUCCUCCUCCACGACAUCCUCAUGACUUACUGCAUGUACGACUUCGACCUGGGUUACGUUCAGGGGAUGAGUGACCUGCUGUCGCCCAUCCUCUACGUGAUGGAGAACGAGGUGGAUGCCUUCUGGUGUUUUGUGUCUUUCAUGGACCAGAUGCACCAUAACUUUGAGGAGCAGAUGCAGGGGAUGAAGACUCAGCUGAUCCAGCUCAGCACUCUGCUCAGACUGCUGGACUUGGCCUUCUGGAACUACCUCGAGUCUCAGGAUUCAGGUUACCUGUAUUUCUGUUUCCGCUGGUUGUUGAUCAGAUUCAAGAGGGAGCUCAGCUUCCAGGACGUCCUGCGGCUGUGGGAGGUGAUGUGGACGGGUCUUCCCUGUCAGAACUUCCACCUGCUGGUCUGCUGUGCCAUCCUGGACUCCGAGAAACAGAAAAUCAUGGAGGAGAACUACGGCUUCAAUGAAAUCCUCAAGCACAUCAAUGAGCUCUCAAUGAAACUGGACGUUGAAGAAAUCCUUCAGAAAGCAGAAGGCAUCUGUCUGCAGAUAAAGAGCUGUAAGGACCUGCCUCACUCCAUCAGCGCCAUCCUGGGCUUCGACGCAGACGCUUGUGGCUCCGACCCGACGGACUCCGGAUCCCCUCUGGGUCGCAGACCGACACAGCGACCGGACGCCUGCUCCAACGGACACUUGAGAGAAACGAGCUCUCACAACAGCUGCAAAGUUGCCUUCAUAUCGUAGUGAACAGCAGAGACUGACUCAGUGUGUCAGCAGGAGGACGGCGACGACGGAGAAGAAGAGGAGGGAUGUAAAAAGGAUUUAAGAUUGUUCAGAAUCUUAUUUUUGUAAUUUCUUGUACCAUAUUGUCUCUUUCAGUCAAGUAGUCAUUCCUUCCCUACUGCUAAUGAUGUGUUCUAAAGCUCCAUUCAGACGGGAACGUCACAGUCUUCACUGAGCUCCUCAGUAAGUUAACUCAUUAAUAAAGAUGUUGUUGUAACCCUG